AUGCCACGACCUAAAACUCUUCCACUCGUUGAAGAGUGGACUGAUCCCGAUGGCUACGUCGACGCCCUCCUGUCCUUCGCUACCUCGUCCGACCUCUUCCGCCACCUUUGCGGUGGCGUGCAUAACUUAGACUUUCUGACGCGCGAACCGGAUGUCUAUACGUCGCUUCUUCCGGAGCAUUGGCGAGCGUUCUUUGAACUCCAUGAUCUUCAGGACCUCCUCGACUUAUUUCUGAGGGAGGAUCUCCAACCCCUCCUAGAUCAGAGCAGGAAUCCAGCGACAGAUGAAGGCAACCCAAAUGCACGGCAGGAAUGGAGGGGAGCUCCCUUACCUCCGACAGAUCUCUUAGAGUACCUCCAACAGAUCCGACGGCUUAGUUUGGGCAGAGAUUUCCGGCCCCCACAACCUGGGAAACCAACGAUACCGAAACACAUCGCAGUGGGGAUGAAUGUCAAGAAGUACCAUGAGGUAGCACACUUUUCGAGAUAUGUCGAUUCCCUGUGCGCCACCGUGGAUGGGCAGCGGGGCGACAACAUAACCCACGUUGUGGACUUUGGGUCGGGUCAAAGCUAUCUUGGGCGCACGCUCGCUAGCCCCCCAUACAAUCGGCACAUUGUUGCUAUUGAAAGAAAACAUCAAUUCAUCAAUGGCGCGAAGGAUUUUGAUAUCUUUGCGAAACUGCAGGUGAAGAAAAAGAAUAGACUAUAUAAUAAGAAGGCCGCCUGUAAAGAUUGCGAGGAACCAGAGAGGCCUGUGACGAUAGACGAGAAUGCAUCUUCCCGGGAGUCAGAAGACGCGGAGAACGUAACAAUCGACGAUAGCACAAAGCAAGACGUGGACGAGGAGGAUGUUGCCAUGAUAAACGUCUUCCGAGACUUUAGUAUCGCGCCGGAUGAGAUUGGCUCGGCUCCGCAUAAGAACGAUCUUAAUAAGAAAGCGGCGGCUAAGAAACAGGAGUCCAAUCAGCCAAGAGGCACGAUGGAUUAUAUUGAACACGAAAUUAAGGAUGGGUAUCUGGAGCCUAUUAUAAAGGACGUGAUUUCGCCGCCCACCGAGAACUCAACGAGCGCCGAGCAGGAAAGCAAUGGAAAGUCGAAUAAUGCCCGUGUUAUGGUUAUUUCCUUACAUUCUUGCGGAAAUCUGCUUCAUCAUGGUGUUCAGUCUUUGGUCCUGAACCCGUCCGUGAAAGCUAUUGCCAUGAUUGGUUGCUGCUAUAACCUGAUGACCGAAAGACUCGGCCCUGCUACAUACAAACUUCCUAUUCUUCGAACCAUGCACCCUCGUCUGACCAAGGAUGCCAUCGCGUAUGAUCCACACGGCUUUCCGAUGUCGAAACGUCUGGAAGACUACGAGCAUGACAGUGGAAGAGGUGUAAAGCUGAACAUUACCGCAAGGUCGAUGGCUGUUCAGGCGCCCUACAACUGGGGCAGGGAAGACAGCGAGAAUUUCUUCACCCGGCACUUCUAUCGGUCCCUCCUCCAGAAAGUCCUGGUAGACCGUGGGGUUGUGGAGAAGCCUUCCAUCCCGAAAGAUUUGUACGGCGCGGAGUCUUUGGAUUCCAGUGAGGCUGGAAACCCUCUCAUUGUCGGCUCCUUGCGAAAGUCCGCAUUCACAUCCUUUCCUACAUAUGUUCGCGCUGCCGUGGUGAAGCUCAGCCGGGAUCCUCAUAACGGCGAGAAGGUGAAAGCAGGCAUGGCCGAUAUCACCGAGGAAGAGCUAAAUGACUACGUGGAAAAGUACGGGCACACAAGGAAGUACCUCGGCAUAGUGUGGAGCUUGAUGGCCUAUAGUUCAUCUUUGGUUGAGGCCAUUAUCGUGGUUGACCGAUGGCAAUUCCUGCGUGAACACGACAGUGUCAAGGACUGCUGGGUUGAGCCCGUGUUCGAUUAUGGCGUAAGCCCAAGGAAUCUGGCUGUCAUCGGUAUUAAAAAGUGA